AUGGCAAAGAAAACAUGUCGCCGGUUGAGUCAAAGGGAUCAAGAGUUGCUUUGCGAAUUCGUGCGGAAAUCUUCUACGUGUGCGGCAUGCCAAGAGCCGGAAUAUGUGCAGAAUGGAGCGGUGUGCCCCCGGGCAGGGAUUUCCCGGACCACCUCCUAG